AUGCCCAAAGGGAGAAGAAACAAAAGGUAUGUCAAGAAGGGCCAUGGGUACAUCCAGCCUAAAUGCACUAGCUGUGCUUGCUGCUUCCCCAAAAAGAAGGUGACAACAAAGGUUGUCAUCUAUAGUGUUGCUGAGGCUGUGAUUCAGAUAUCUGAAGCCUCCAUCUGUGAUUGGUAUAUGCUGUCCAAGCUGUGCUUGAAGUUGCACUAUGUCCUCAGCUGAGCCAUUUGCAGUGGAGUGGUGAGGAAUCCCUCCUGGGAGACCUUGGAAGGACAGUGUUUCCCUGGUCAGGUUUGGACCUGCUGGUGCUGA